AUGAGCCUCCAGUCCAAGGGCCUGGAGGACGAAGCCCGAGGAGGGAGAGGGCGGGCGAGGAGCAGCUGUCCGCGCACAGGUGACAGAUUCGGGCAAAGACCCUCCAGGAAGCCAGAUCCCAAAGCCAAAGCAGCUCCAGGCAGGUGCAGAGCCUGGCCCGGUGGGAAGGAGCGCACCGUGGGCAGCUCCAGGCCAGGGUCGCCCCAGAGGAAGCAGCUGGAGCGCAGGCGAGGCCAUGAGGAGCUGCGGGGACGGGAACGGAGCUCAGCCGGCAGGAUCCGCGACAGCCGGAGGAAGAGGGACGGGCGAGCUUCCCUGAAGGAGCAGAGCUCAUCCGCAGAGAAGAAGGGGCUUCCGAGGAAGGAAGAGGCGUGGGAGCAGCUGAGGAAGCCCAGAUCACUCUCCUUAGCCUCCAGUGGUUCUGGUGGGGAGUCCCUGUCUGAGGAGGAGCUGGCCCAGAUCCUGGAGCAGGUGGAAGAAAAAAAGAAGCUCAUUGCCACCAUGCGGAACAAGCCCUGGCCCAUGGCCAAGAAGCUGACCGAGCUCAGGGAGGCCCAAGAAUUUGUGGAGAAAUAUGAAGGAGCCUUGGGAAAAGGGAAAGGCAAGAGACUCUACGCCUACAGAAUGCUGAUGGCUAAGAAAUGGGUCAAGUUCAAGAGAGACUUUGAUAAUUUUAAGAUGCAAUGUAUUCCCUGGGAGAUGAAAAUCAAGGACAUUGAAAGUCACUUUGGGUCUUCAGUGGCAUCGUAUUUCAUCUUUCUCCGGUGGAUGUAUGGAGUCAACCUCGUCCUUUUUGGCUUAAUCUUUGGUCUCGUCAUAAUCCCAGAGGUGCUGAUGGGCGUGCCCUACGGAAGCAUCCCCAGGAAGACGGUGCCUCGAGCUGAGCAGGAGAAAGCCAUGGACUUCUCCGUCCUCUGGGACUUUGAGGGCUACAUCAAGUAUUCGGCUCUCUUCUACGGCUACUACAACAACCAGAGGACCAUCGGGUGGCUGCGGUACAGGCUGCCGAUGGCUUACUUUAUGGUGGGGGUCAGCGUGUUUGGCUACAGCCUGAUGAUUGUCAUUAGAUCGAUGGCCAGCAAUUCCCAGGGGAGCACGAGCGAAGGGGAGAGUGACAACUUCACCUUCAGCUUCAAGAUGUUCACCAGCUGGGACUACCUGAUCGGGAAUUCAGAGACAGCCGACAACAAGUACGCCUCCAUCACCACCAGUUUCAAGGAAUCAAUCGUGGAUGAGCAAGAGAGCAACAAGGAGGAAAAUGUCCACCUGACAAGAUUCCUCCGCGUUCUGGCCAACUUCCUCAUCAUCUGCUGUCUGUGUGGGAGCGGGUAUCUCAUCUACUUUGUGGUGAAGCGAUCCCAGGAAUUCUCCAAAAUGCAGAACGUCAGCUGGUAUGAAAGAAAUGAGGUGGAGAUUGUGAUGUCCCUGCUUGGGAUGUUUUGUCCCCCUCUGUUUGAAACCAUUGCUGCCCUGGAGAAUUACCACCCUCGCAUUGGGCUGAAGUGGCAGCUGGGACGCAUCUUUGCGCUCUUCCUGGGAAACCUCUACACAUUUCUCUUGGCCCUGAUGGACGAUGUGCACCUCAAGCUUUCUAAGGAAGAGACCAUAAAAAACAUCACCCACUGGACCCUGUUUAACUAUUACAACUCCUCGGGCUGGAACGAGAGCGUCCCCCGGCCACCCUUGCACCCUGCAGAUGUGCCCCGGGGUUCUUGCUGGGAGACUGCCGUGGGCAUUGAGUUCAUGAGGCUGACAGUGUCCGACAUGCUGGUAACGUACAUCACCAUCCUGGUGGGGGACUUCCUCCGGGCGUGCUUUGUCCGGUUCAUGAACCACUGCUGGUGCUGGGACCUGGAGGCUGGGUUUCCCUCCUAUGCAGAGUUUGACAUUAGUGGAAAUGUUCUGGGUUUGAUCUUCAACCAAGGAAUGAUUUGGAUGGGCUCCUUCUACGCCCCGGGACUGGUGGGCAUCAACGUCCUGCGCCUGCUGACCUCCAUGUACUUCCAGUGCUGGGCCGUGAUGAGCAGCAACGUCCCCCACGAACGCGUGUUCAAGGCCUCGCGAUCCAACAACUUCUACAUGGGCCUGCUACUGCUGGUGCUCUUCCUCAGCCUCCUGCCUGUGGCCUACACCAUCAUGUCGCUCCCACCCUCCUUCGACUGCGGCCCAUUCAGCGGGAAAAACAGAAUGUACGACGUCCUCCACGAGACCAUUGAGAAUGACUUCCCGACCUUCCUGGGCAAGAUCUUUGCUUUCCUCGCCAACCCAGGCCUCAUCAUUCCCGCCAUCCUGCUGAUGUUCCUGGCCAUCUACUACCUGAACUCAGUUUCCAAAAGUCUCUCCCGAGCUAAUGCCCAGCUGAGGAAGAAAAUCCAGGCGCUCCGUGAAGUCGAGAAGAGCCACAAAUCUCUCAAAAGCAAAGCCAUGGCCAGAGACUCAGGGGACACACUGGAAAGCGGCUCCAAAAAUGCCACCCAGCUCCAGCUCAACAAGGAAGGGGCCACACCUCACUCUGCCAGCCAAAGCCAGAGCCUGGACAAGAAGGCCCAGGACCCGGGGACGGCCUCCAGUGCUGCCAGCAGGACCGUGCCGCCUGCCUCCAGGAGCCUUCCUGGAUCUCGUCCCACAGGGGUCAGAAAAGAUUCUGGCCAAGCCCGGUCACAGGCUCAUCCUUGGAGGUCAGGCUCUGGAAAGAGUGCUCAGAGACCUCACCACUGA